CGGGCGGGGGAGGGGCCCGGGCGGCAGAGGGCGGGGCGGCCGGGCGAGGGUCUCCGACCACGAGUCCCGGGUUCCCGCAGGCGGCUUGGCCGGCGGCAUCGAAAUUUGCAUCACCUUCCCCACCGAGUACGUGAAGACGCAGCUGCAGCUGGACGAGCGCUCGCACCCGCCACGCUACCGGGGCAUUGGGGACUGCGUGCGGCAAACUGUGCGCAGCCAUGGCGUCCUGGGCCUGUACCGAGGCCUCAGCUCCCUGCUCUACGGCUCCAUCCCCAAGGCGGCGGUUAGGUUUGGGAUGUUUGAGUUCCUCAGCAACCACAUGCGGGACGCCCAGGGACGGCUGGACAGCACUCGAGGGCUGCUGUGUGGCCUGGGCGCUGGCGUGGCUGAGGCCGUGGUGGUCGUGUGCCCAAUGGAGACCAUCAAGGUGAAAUUCAUCCAUGACCAGACCUCUCCCAACCCUAAAUACAGAGGAUUCUUCCAUGGGGUCAGGGAGAUUGUGCGGGAACAAGGGCUGAAGGGGACAUACCAGGGCCUUACUGCCACCGUGCUAAAGCAAGGAUCCAACCAGGCCAUUCGCUUCUUCGUCAUGACCUCCCUGCGCAACUGGUAUCGAGGGGACAACCCCAACAAGCCCAUGAACCCGCUGAUCACUGGGGCGUUUGGAGCUAUUGCGGGUGCUGCCAGUGUCUUUGGGAACACUCCUCUGGACGUGAUCAAAACCCGGAUGCAGGGCCUGGAGGCACACAAAUACCGGAACACGUGGGACUGUGGCAUGCAGAUUCUGAGGAAUGAGGGGCUCAAAGCAUUCUACAAAGGCACUGUCCCCCGCCUGGGUCGGGUCUGUGCAGAUGUGGCCAUCGUGUUCAUCAUCUAUGAUGAAGUGGUAAAGCUGCUAAACAAAGUGUGGAAGACAGACUGAGCCCUAAGGGUCUGCAUUGGGGCUGCCCUUGGGCACCUUCAGACCAGCCCCCUCUGCCCUCUUCUCAUGAUUCCAGUGCAGUUGUGCCAAAAGGCCCCAUUCCCCUGUUCCUUGCAUUCCAUGGCCUGGGCCUGUUGCCUGUAUCCAUUGAGUCCAUAUAUCUGAUAGUACUUGUGUCCCUUGUGGUCCAAAUGACACCACCAUUGUGUCCAUAUGUUCAGCAGAGGCUGAGUGUUCCUCUGGCCUGUGAAUCUGUGCCCACUUGCCCAUAUGCUUAUUCACGAGCCAUGUGCCUGUGUUUCAUGUUCUGUGUCCCAUGACCCUGUGUCCUGCUUCCCAGGGUACUACCCGUGUAGUCUGGGUCCAUGGCUCGGUCCCAGCCCGGUGCCUUCCACCCUGGGCAGCAGGUGCACCUGCCCCGGCAUACCGCAGCUGCCUCCAGGCCUCAGCCUGGCCUCACUGCAUUCCAGGGGCGGCAUGCCCCCCGCUUCUCCUGCCACUGGCCUUAACUGGCCCUUGGGCCCUCCCUCCGCCUGGGACAGGGUGGCACCCACCACUCUCAGGACCAACCUCCCAAGGCAGAAUAAACCGGAUCCUGUCACAGC